UAGAUCGAAAUAUCUAUAGUAAGGUCAGCCUAGUUUUCGAGUUUCGACCUUUUUUUUUUGUAAGGCGACGGUGGUGAAAUUAAAAUUUUAAUUUCGCAUCCAGUAUUCUAGUUAUAUUACUCAACUUAACUUAAUAUUAUAAAUCAUGUUCCGUAAUAUUUCUACUGCGGUGAAGGGAUGUACCGAAGUCGUGGCGACCACAUCCACCAAGGUGCCGUGCGCAGGUAAACCGUCUAAACAAACUGUGCCGCCUAGGCCUAUCUACCUGACAAACUUCACUCUACAAAGUAAUCUGUUAUCCAAGAAAACAUUAACUCCAGUUACCGCGACCCAAAUUCGUUUGGUCCACACCGAUUUUAAGGUCCCAGAUUACAGUGCUUACCGUCGUAACUCUGUGAAGGAUCCGAAUGCUUCUAACCGCGACACCUACGAAAAUCGAAAUGCCUUUACUUACAUGGUUCUGGGUACUGCUGUUACUGGCUCAAUGUUUUGUGCUAAGGCAGUCGUUCACAAGUUUGUCUUGUCAAUGGCGCCAGCCGCUGAUGUCUUGGCUUUGGCUUCUAUAGAAGUUAACCUUAAUGAAAUACCAGAGGGCAAGAACGCAACCAUCAAGUGGAGAGGAAAACCAUUGUUCGUUAGACAUCGUACAGCCACUGAAAUUCAAGCAGAGCAAAAUACCUCUCUGUCUGAGCUCAGAGACCCGGAAGACGACUCUGUCAGAGUUCAAAAGCCUGAAUGGUUGGUAAUCGUUGGAGUAUGCACUCAUUUGGGUUGUGUGCCAAUUGCCAAUGCAGGAGAUUGGGGUGGUUAUUACUGCCCAUGUCACGGUUCACAUUAUGAUGCAGCUGGUAGGAUUCGUAAAGGACCUGCACCAACAAACAUGGAAGUACCACCUUAUAAAUUCAUUAACGAUAAUACACUUCUUGUAGGUUAAUGUGUGUAUUGAAGUUUUUGUCUUUAGAUGUUGUACGUUGUUAACAUUUUUUUAAAUAUAUGUAAUCCUGCUAUCUGAAA